AUGUCAAACAAUAAAACGAAAAGGACAGCGGGAAACGGCUCAGCAUUGUAUACGGCAUUUUUCAAAACUCCAUCUUGCGACCCCUCCCCAUCCCACGCUGGUAUCGAAAUUUGUAACUCCAACGACGGACAAUUGACUUUGCUCACCUCUCGCGAGGCAUGCCUGGUUCUCAUCGCGCGGGGAGAACCCCUCAAUCGAUGGGCAAAGAUUGGACAGCGAUUAGUCUGCAUUUCGGCCGACAUGAAUUUCUUUCCACGCUUGCGAGGGUCUACGUGGGCGAGAAGGACGUUAGACAGCGGACCGUUGACUCUGAGUGGCUGCAUCGAUUAUCGCACGGCAACUGGCCCAUCCGAACUGACGCAAUGGAUGAGGUCGGAUUUCUCGAAGGAGCAAGCGGCUUACAUGGUGCGCAGUUGCUGCGACUCUGCCCUACUUAUUGUCUGGGAACGCGGCGGCCACCUUGAUGAGAUACCAAGAGAUUCGGUAGCCCAAUCUGCCAGAAAUGCGAAUCGUGCAUACACUGCAUUCUUCAGCGCGCUAAGCCAAGAAGAGGAGCCGAAGCUCAACCAAUGCAGAUUCUCUUAUCUCGCAUCUUAUCCGUGGACCGAGGACAGCAACGGCUUACCUAAGGAACAAUGGCUUAAGGCACUGGUAGUUAGUUUGGCAGUCUGGUACCGGCACCGGCCCUGGCAACGACGGGCAAGGUUGGCAAAGGCUUCGGUGAACAUGCAGCGGGAAACGGCCGACACCGGUAUCGGGUCCAGCUUUGCCGGCCGAGUGGAGGCACUUUGCUGUGCUGGAGGACUUGUCGAGGUCAGAGCGUGCAAGUACCCAUUGGAGCCAUCUCAAUUCACGCCCAUCUCAAUAUCUUCGCCGCAGCGAAAGACCGGCGGCCGACCUCAUGACCGACGAGACUGUGGGCAUGAGAGGAGUAAGGGGGAAAACAAAUCUUCAACUUGCAUUGGUACAAUACGAGAGUGGACAUGGAACAAAUGGAGCAGCCCCAGAAGACACUCUAGAAGAACCUUGGUCCAAAAGAGGGAAAAAUCGAGACCAUCUUCAGCAUAUCAAAGCGCAAUGGUCAACCGCCAGGCGAGUUCGACAAACUUGGGUAAAGGCACGAGAGCACCAGGCUUUAGACACGGAAACUUCUUGAAAACAGCCGGAAUAGUCUUAGCUACUGAAAUAGAAGCUAUCCAGCAUAGCUGUAACGACGGUUGCGGCCAAUGGACGGCACGCGCACGACUAACGGGACUCGAUGCCAUUCGAGCAAAUGGCGAAUGCGGCAACGGACUCAGGUUCAGCGAUGGACAGGCCGGAUACUUCGUACGGGAUACAUUCGAAUGCCUUACUUGGUGCAAGGUCGAGUCCUCUUUUCACAGAACGCAUAACGGCGUCAUACAGAUCUCAUGGUUACGGCGCGCGCGAAGCCCGUCAAGUCAGCCCGCCCGCCCACUGAGCGACAUUGAGAGGGUGCCAUUUUCUCAUCGCAUCUUGGACGGCAAUCACACGAGGAAGAUUCCCUGCCACCGCGGUGGCCGCAAGGACGUGGCAGCCUUCUUCGAGUACCUUCAUCCAUUCUUUGAUUGGGAAAGGAAUUCGUUCGAAACACGCCGUGGAACGUGGCUCUAA